AUGGGGAUGGGUGGGGGAGGGGAGAGAAGAGAGAGGCAGAGCAACACAGUGAAUUGUCCAAACUGCCCUCCACUAAAUCUUUUCUUCUGUUCCCUUUUUACCCCUUCACCUUCGGAUCUCUUCCGCUGCCAACGUUUAGUUCGCUCAGAGAAGCCUUCCAUUUCCAAUCGAUUUCGAACCAGCUGGUUAGGCUGGUUGGGGGGCAGCGAUGGAAGGUCAGAGUUCAUUGUUGGAGAUGCGUCGGGGGCCGUCGAUUUUGGUUUGGGAGGCGCUCUGCGAAUCCAACCGCCCUCAUCGGUUUUCCUCUCAGAUGUUGCGUUCGAGUGUUGCCUUUCCAGCUGCGCUUCAUCCUUCUUCUCAUCGCACGGUUUUAGCUCAAAGGGAUUUCUAGGUUUCGUAAAAAAAGGGAGGAAGAUCGAAGGAAAAAGAGCUGGAGUAAUCAAUAGGAACCCCCAGUCUGCUCAUCAAUCGGUUGAUGAAGGGAAACCUCAAAUGGGAGACCUACUCACAUCAAAUCCCUGCAACACUACCUUCCUGUUCAAUCCCUACGGUUCUCACAUUUCGGGGCAAGAAUUGGGAGAUGAUAUAUCAUGGAUCAUCCAGCCACAAAGGCUUGAUAACUGGAAAGCGUUUGCCAUUGACAACAAUUUGAAGGUUGGUGAUUCAUGUGUGUUUGAACAACUGGAGUGCAGCAGUACUAGGCUAGUAUUCAGAGUCCAAAUUCUCAGAGGUGACAUCCCAUUUGAAUUUCUAGACAAGCUCGAUGGUGAUAAUGUAGAUGCACCAAUUGUUCUCGAAUAG